ACCUGUCUGUCUCCCUUUCCCCGCACCACGCUCGAGCGGAGCCAAGAGCACGAGUCCACGAGAGGAAGGGAAGCCGUGGAGCAUGGAGCACGGGAGGUAGGAAUCUCCCACCAGCCAGCACACACCGGCAGCAGCAAGCAAUCGUGCUCCCUCGCCCCUCCGUCCUCCUUCCCCUACCAGCCAAAACGACGUUGCGUCGUCGCCUCAAACAUCUUUACCGAAUAUUCAACCGCCUGCCACCUACCUAUAAUAAUUUGCCAGGGCCAUAUUAUCCGGUUUCCAGUUCCCGUCUCGUUCACAGGAGGAGUUAAACCCAUGAGAUAUUUUCGAAUCCCAGUACGGGACGAUUUUUCCUUGUUGUAACUGAUUUACAGGUCAACUUCGCGCAUUGUUUUUUAUGGGCGGAUCCGACGCGACCCCAGACGCAAGGGACGACGCCCGGGUCGUGGUGGUUGUGGGAUCCCCCGUCGGUGACUUCGCCUCCGAUCCCCGCACUCCUACGCCUCCGCCGCCGGUCUCGACACCAUCGGCGUCGGCACCGGCUGAGGCGGCGGAAGCUAAGCGGGAGUUUCCGGCCGAGGCGGCAGAAGCGGAGGGUAAACAGCAGCAGGCAGCGGCGGCGGCGGCGGCGACGACAGGGGUGCAGGCCAUGGCGGUCACCGUGGUGCGAGACGUCGAGACGGGCCCGGAAGCGAGCACUAGCGGCUCCGCGGAGGAGAAGCCUUCCUGGUUCACCCCUAAGAGAUUACUUGUGAUGUUCUGCAUCAUCAACAUGCUAAAUUAUGUUGACCGAGGAGUAAUAGCAAGUAAUGGUGUUAAUGGCAGCCGUGGCAGUUGUUCUGGUGGCACAUGCACAUCAGGUUCUGGAAUUCAGGGUGACUUCAAUCUUAACAAUUUUGAAGAUGGAGUGUUGUCCUCAGCAUUUAUGGUAGGGUUGUUGGUGGCUUCGCCGAUAUUUGCGUCAUUGGCAAAAAUACACAAUCCUUUCAGGCUUAUCGGUGUUGGAUUGUUAGUCUGGACUAUUGCAACAGCUGGUUGUGGGUGCUCAUUUGAUUUCUGGUCGAUUACUAUAUGUCGCAUGUUGGUUGGUGUUGGUGAAGCUUCAUUUAUAAGUCUCGCAGCUCCAUUCAUUGAUGACAAUGCACCUGUUGCACAGAAAACAGCAUGGCUUGCUAUGUUCUACAUGUGUAUACCCACUGGGAUAGCGCUUGGUUAUGUUUAUGGUGGACUGGUUGGAAAGAGACUGCAUUGGCGUGCUGCUUUCUGGGGAGAGUCAAUUUUGAUGCUUCCUUUUGUUAUUCUGGGCUUCGUGAUAAAGCCACUAGAGCUCAAAGGAUUUACUCACAACAAAAAGACAAAGGAGUAUGGUCCAAUGCUCAAUCCGGAGCUUCGAGAUGAGACAAAUAAUAAUGGAAUAAAGCAGGGCGUGCCUGCUGGGACUGAGGGCCUAACAGAAAAGAUUCCACAAAGGUUUUCCUUCUCCAGUUUCGGGAAGAAAGUUAUGAUUGAAAUUGGUCACUUUGGACAAGAUAUGAAAGAACUUCUACAAGAGAAAGUCUAUGUUAUCAAUGUCUUAGGUUAUAUCGCCUACAACUUUGUCAUUGGUGCCUAUUCCUAUUGGGGCCCUAAGGCUGGUCAGGACAUCUACAAGAUGGCCAGUGCAGAUCUAAUGUUUGGCGGGAUAACAAUAGUGUGUGGAAUAUUUGGAACCCUUGCAGGGGGGUUCAUCCUGGACAAGAUAGAGUCUACAAUUUCUAAUGCUUUCAAGCUUCUUUCUGGUGCGACUUUCCUAGGGGCAAUAUUUUGUUUCAGUGCAUUCUGUUUCAAGAGCCUAUAUGGGUUCAUACCCUUCUUUUCAGUUGGGGAGCUCUUGGUUUUUGCAACUCAGGCCCCAGUAAACUACAUAUGCCUUCAUUGUGUGAAACCAAGUUUGCGGCCAUUGUCAAUGGCUAUGUCUACUGUUUCAAUCCAUAUAUUUGGUGAUGUGCCUUCUUCACCUCUUGUUGGGCUGCUUCAGGACAACAUCCAUAAUUGGAGAGCAACAGCGCUCACGUUGACAUCCAUUCUCUUCAUCGCGGUUAUAUUUUGGUUUAUUGGCAUAUUUGUCCGCAGCGUUGAUCGUUUCAAUGAACAGAGUGAACAUGGUCUUCCUGCCGCCGAGAGAUCAAACCUCAGACCAUUGCUCGAUGAAAGUGAUGAGGCACGCACAUCGCAGUGAACAGAGCGAACAUGGUCUUCAUGCCGCCGAGAGAUCAAACCUCAGACCAUUGCUCGAUGAAAGCGACGAGGCGCGCAUGUCCCACUGAUCUGCCAAAUCAUCAAGUGUGGUGUUAUCUUUCUUUCUUAGCCAGAUUAUUCCCGCCGUGCCAGUAACAUGCGAAAUGUAAAUUUUCAUGUCCAUUGGCUGUACCUGUACAUACAGAAAAAAAAAGUAAGAAUCAUUUGCUUCGUAAUCUUGACUUUUGUGUACAGAUUACAGAUACUGCAACAGAGUACCAGAACCCCUGUAAACCAGUUUAGAAGGAUUCUGUUUCCUAUGUAAUGACUGUUCCAAAACUAUAAAUUGGAUAGAAUGCCCAUCCUCCCGGGAUAACUAGUUGUACACGUUAUCAUCAAGGAAGGGAAAAAAGCUACUCGGGAGUAAUAUAUUGCUA